UAUGUAAUAAAUAGUUGGAUAGAGAUACAUAGAUAGAUGCAGUUACAUAAUUGACUCUUUAUUUUAUUUUUCUUUUAUUUUUUAUUUUUUAUUUUUUUUACGUCUAAUUCUAGCCUAUACUCACCCACCUCUGUAAACUGUUUGUUCUUUAGUGAGUGUCUCUGUUCCUGUUACUUCCUCUGCUUCUAUAAAUACUCAGACAAUCUGAGAAUUUGACAUAGCCAAUUCCUCAAUUUCAUACAUUGUCUUCUCAAUCCCAUAGCCUUCUUUCUACCUUCACAACAUAUCCAUGGCGCCGCCUAAUGACACCAAUAUUGAAUCCGUGUUAGAAUCCCGCCACAGCAAAGACAACUUCUUCCGCCUCCACGGCGGAGUACUCUAUGUCCGGAAUAUUCCCCUGCUCUCCCAAGUUCCCGACAACGUCAAAUUCAACAAUUUCACUUCCGUCUCCCAAAUCCAAAACGAUGAGGUCCCUCUGUCUCUGCUCCAGCGCGCCAAUUCCCAGUCCUUCAAGGGCGGCUUCCUCGGAUUCCGACACGACGCUCCCGCCGACCGCCUCACCAACUCCAUCGGAAAGUUCACCGGAAGGGACUUCCUGAGCAUAUUCCGGUUCAAAACGUGGUGGUCCACCCAGUGGGUCGGGCGGUCCGGGUCGGACCUCCAGAUGGAGACCCAAUGGAUAAUGCUGGAUGUGCCGGAGAUCAAAUCCUACGCUGUCGUAAUCCCUGUAAUCGAAGGCAAGUUCAGGGCGGCCCUCCAGCCAGGACCGAACGGCCACGUGUUGAUCUGCGCGGAGAGCGGCUCGACACGUGUCCAAACAUCCUCCUUCCACGCAAUCGCCUACCUCCACGUGUCCGACAACCCUUACACGCUGAUGAAAGAGGCGUACACCGCCAUCAGAGUCCACCUCAACACCUUCAAGCUCAUUGAAGAGAAGGCGGCGCCGCCGCUGGUGGAUAAAUUCGGCUGGUGCACCUGGGACGCCUUUUACCUCACGGUGGAGCCCGCCGGAGUUUGGCACGGCGUGAGAGAAUUCGCCGACGGCGGAGUGUCGCCGCGGUUUCUGAUCAUCGACGAUGGCUGGCAGAGCAUCAAUACGGACGGUCAGGAUGAUCCCCACAAAGACGCCAAGAAUCUCGUGCUCGGAGGCACUCAGAUGACAUCACGCCUGCACAGGCUGGACGAGUGUGAAAAAUUCAGGAAAUAUAAACCCGGUCUAAUGCUCAGCCCGAAUUGUCCGAAAUUCGACCCGAAGAAGCCGAAGAUGUUGAUAUCUAAAGCUAUUGAGAUCGAAUUCGCUGAGAAGGCACGUGACAAGCACAAGGCGGCCGGUCAAUCCGACUUGUCGGAAUUAUACGAGGUGAAGAUUGAGAAGCUUAAGAAGGAACUGGAUGAGAUGUUCGGUGGAGAUGAAGAUGAAAAUGGUUGCGUUUUCGACGAAAAUGGCGGAUUGAAAGCGUUUACUGAGGAUUUGAGGAAGAAUUUUAAAGGGUUAGAUGAUAUAUACGUGUGGCACGCACUGGCGGGGGCGUGGGGGGGUGUACGCCCCGGGGCGACCCAUCUGAAGUCGAAGAUUGUCCCCUGCAAGCUGUCCCCGGGACUGGACGGGACCAUGGAGGAUCUGGCGGUGGUGAAGAUAGUUGAGGGGUCUGUGGGACUGGUGCACCCGGACCAGGCUGAGGAGCUCUAUGAUUCCAUGCAUGCCUACCUUUCUCGAGCUGGUAUUACAGGGGUCAAAGUCGACGUCAUUCAUAUGCUGGAGUAUGUGUGCGAGGAGUAUGGAGGCAGAGUGGAGCUUGCCAAGGCUUAUUACAAGGGGCUGUCGAAAUCUCUCGCGAAGAACUUCAAAGGGACAGGGCUCAUCUCCAGCAUGCAGCAAUGCAACGACUUCUUCUUCCUCGGAACAGAGCAGAUAUCUAUGGGAAGAGUUGGGGAUGACUUCUGGUUUCAGGACCCGAACGGCGACCCGAUGGGUGUGUACUGGCUGCAAGGGGUGCACAUGAUCCACUGCGCAUACAACAGCCUGUGGAUGGGUCAGAUGAUCCGACCCGACUGGGACAUGUUCCAGUCGGACCACCAGUGCGCCAAAUUCCAUGCCGGAUCCAGGGCUAUCUGCGGCGGCCCUGUUUACGUAAGCGACUCUCUGGAAGGCCAUGAUUUCGAUCUCCUCAAAAAACUGGUCUUUCCCGACGGCACAAUCCCUAACUGCCUCCACUUCGCACUCCCCACAAGAGACUGCAUCUUCAAGAACCCCCUCUUCGACGGCACCACCGUCCUCAAGAUCUGGAACUUGAACAAGUACGGCGGUGUGGUCGGGGCUUUCAACUGCCAAGGCGCUGGGUGGGACCCCAAGGAGCAGAGGAUCAGGGGGUACUCGCAGUGCUACAAGGCGCUGAGCGGGCGGGUGGGGGCGGAGGACGUGGAGUGGGAUCAGGGGGAAACGGCCAUGGAAAUGGAAAUGGAAAUGGAUGAAUACGCAGUGUACAUGAGCGAGUCGGAGAAGAUGGCGGUGGUGAUGGCGGGGGAGAGCAUUCCGUUCACCCUAAAGCCGUCGACAUUUGAGAUCUUCAGCUUCGUUCCGGUGAGGAAGCUCGCCGGCGGCGGCGGCGGAGUGAAAUUCGCGGCGGUUGGACUGAGCAAUAUGUUUAACUGUGGAGGGACGAUACAGGAGGUGACGUGGACGGAGUCGGAGGUGAAGGUGGUGGUGAAGGGCGUAGGGAGGUUCGUGGCUUAUUCGAGUGGGUCCCCCAAGAAAGGGUACUUGAAUGGGGAGGAGGCGCGAUUUGAGUGGUCCCACACGGAUGGCAAGCUUGCCAUGGACAUAAAUAUUAAUAUAAAUAUAAAUAAAGAUAUAAAUAUAAUAUCCAAUGUCACUUUUGUGUUUUGAAUCCAUCAAACUAUGUAUUACUUGCCCUUUGGGUUGAUGGGUUCCGUGACGUGUGCAAGUUUCUUCUUUUGAGUUUGCUUUGAAAUAUUGUACAAUUAAAAAUAUAUAUAUAUAUAUAUAUAUAUA